AUGUCCGCUAAGAUAGAGGAUUUUGAAGAAGCGUUUCGGGUUAUAAAAAUUGAUGAAAAUAACUAUGUGGGUGCACAUCCGUUGAGGUUACCCAUGAGCAUUGCAAGAGGUGUUUACGGAGGACAUAUAUGUGCACAAGCUUUAGUAGUUGGCAUGGAGUCAGCUCCGGGAUAUGUUCCUGAUUCCUUUCAUUUAUACUUCAUUGGGGCAGGGAGUAAUAAAAUACCUAUGUCGUAUAAAGUGACGAAAGUGCUCCAUGGAGAUGCAUAUGCCAGUCGAUUAAUUGAAGUAGUGCAAUAUGGGCAAAUUAAAUCAAAUUGCAUGGUUACUUUACGAAAGAAAGGUGUUUUGGCGCAGUCUAGUAAGUCCAGUAGAGACAAAAAUCUCGACAACCCAUCUGAAGUUCCCCAUGUUCACACGAAGGAUGAAGACCCCAACAAAUUGCAUAUUGUCCACCACACCGAUUAUAUUAGGAAUGCAUAUUCAGAUGAAUUCUUGGACCAUGAAUUAGUGCCCCAUGAGAAGGACCAGGACCCGUCCGACCGUUGGAUCACUGUUUACAGCGGAAUUGAGCAACGAAAAUCUUUUAAAGACCCCCUUUUCAAUUAUGUCGGUAUAGCAGACUUAUCAGACUCUGCUCUCUUAACAACCCUCGCCAGAGUAAUGCACUUCCCAUGGAACCCCACCGAAAAAUAUGCUCCGGAAGAGUUUGAUAGUAAUAGAGAUGCACGUACCCUACUCAAAGUGUCCUUCAACAUCCUACACAUAUUCCACUACAAUGCAAUGUCUUUAGAUCACCAUAUUUAUUUUCACUCGGACGAUUACACGAAAGCAUUCGAUGUAUGUCAAGAUUGGUUGACCUUCACUUACCAAGUAAAACGGUUAUCCAAUCACCGUUCGCUAGUGAGGGGUCAUUUAUACAACAACGAAGGUAGGUGCGUCGCUACUGUGGUUCAAGAAGGUUUAGCCUACCUUUUUUCGGAUGUUGCCAAUCACCUUAAACUAUAG